AUGUCGUACCGAACUAUGUCGCCUAAGGGAGGAGGGGCCUGGACGAAAGUUAUGAUAUUUGUCUCUUUAUACGUCCUUCUACUCGAAUCCCUUAUCGAAUGGGCGGUUGUGCUCUAUCUGUACGGCAACAAGUCAGUAGACUCGAAGAUGGCACCGAGUCUGAUAUUCUCGCUUGUGGCGUCGUUCUUUACGGUGCCUCUUGUAGUCCUACACAGUUUCCUCGCGUGGCAGUAUAACAGGGUUGCUGGAUAUAUGAGCCAGAAGGCAACGCUGCAUACAGCGUGCACCUACGUCCUGCGCUUAACAACCCUAAUCUGGCUAGGAUCCAGCGUGGCGGGCUUGGUGGUGGUCUCGCAACAGGCAUAUUGCCUCCCUGAUUCUGCUGGCGGUAGCUUUUGGAAUGUUGGCGUCAGCUGUGCUCUCCAUCGAGCCGUGGUCAUUGUUUCAGUCUUGUCAUUCAUCACUGUUUGUCUCUACUUCUGCUCCAGAGAGCUCUGCCAGCGUCCUUAUGACGUUUCGUUGCUUGGUGUUUACCAUCACCAGCAUUCAAGAAGCCGAGAUGGCAGUGUUCUUUCAGGUUCCACUCUACAAAGCGAAAAGAGCCUGAAGCGCGACAUCCUAUGUGUCUGCCGCCAUCCCGAUAUUACGUACGGCCGGGCUCCAUAUAUAACACCAAGUGAUCACAGUGAAGAAUCGGGAAGCAUUCCCAGCAUACAACAACCUAUGCCGAUACGUCCAACGUCUUUUCUAUCCGGCUUCGGUCCAGACCCAGAUGGCGAAGCGGGAUACUUGACAGGAACAACUGACACUCCUGGCACGCUCUCUGACUCUUUCCACAACAGCGUCUCUCGUACACCCUCUACUGCGACUGUGCAGACCAACUUUCAAGCUCACAAUCAAAUACUUUCUGAGUUGCCCGGCGCAACGGUGCAGCAACAUUCAAACCAUACGAAAAACCAGUCUUCAUUGUCCUCCCUUCGCCGAUUCCUGCCAAAAUCCCUCCCCAUAUCGGUGCCCUUGUCAUCAGAUCCUCAAAUACGUGCACUCGCUGAGACAAACGCCCAGGUGGACGUCGAGAAGCAGGAGCCUCAGAACAAAGAACCUGCUGUAGAAAAGUCCGAGCCGUCAGAGCCUCCAGCAGAGUUACCACAGCAGCCCGAAAAGAACGAGCAGCCGUUCCCUCAAUUUCCCCAAAACACUGAAUCAAGCACAUCCACCGCUUCCUUUCCAAGGUCAACGACAACAAAUUCCGCAGGCGCCCCCGAAGUCGUCACACCUGCACCUCUCAAAAUCCGCAGAUCCCACACCACACAAACCGCUCCUCUCCCUCUCAAUUCCAACCCCGUCCCCGGCAACUGGGCCAAUAUCCUUGACCACACCCAUCCAAAGCCACUGCGCAUCAACACAAUGCACAAUCCACGACGACAGGGCCAGUUCGACCCCCAUCACAUGCCGCGCUAUACCCAAAGCCAGCGCUUCCCUCCAGGCCGGAACUUCUACAGCCGUCGAAACCAAUCAAAGGUCCCCGGUGUUGCAUACCAACAGCCCGGCCCGCGGCGGCCACGCAGUACCAUUGGCAAUGUGAGCAUCGCUUCAGUAUCGGGUCAUCUUGAUUGUAUUCGAGAGUCCGGCGCGUCGAUUGAUGAAUUGCCGGCAGAUAACAUGAGAAUACCCGGUGCCAUCCUAACCAUGUCCUAG